AAAGUCAUUCUGAAACAUUCAGAUGGAGGAAGGACUGAUUCUGAAACAUUCAGAUGGAGGAGGGAGCUGGUGAAAGCAGCUGAGAUGAUGCUGGCCUGGUGUCAUUAGAUUCCUUGCUGUGGGGGGAGGCCCCCACAACGCAGCCUCGGAGCCUGGGACACCCUGGGGCUGGGGGGAGCCCGUGCCUGGGGAUGUCCGCAGAACCGAAGAGCUCAGGCUCUCCUCCCCCGCCUGAGGGAGGAGGACCGGAGAAAGCGGGGACGGGCGCCCCAGGGGGCCGGCAAAGGGGCUGGGAGAGGCCUCAGUCUCAGAAGAGAAGCCCAGAAACCCGGAGAGGGUCCUUCAGGCGAGCCGGCUCUCCCAGCUCCCUCCUGGGAGCUCGGGGGGACUGGGCGGCCUCGGCUUCCCUCGGGGCCCGGGGCCAGGCUGGGAGCUUCCGGAAGACGAGCUCCCCCGAGAGGAAGCCAGGCCGGCACAGCCCCGUCGGGUCACGGGGAUUCUGCCGCGGAACGGAACAGGGGCCAGAAGGCGGGUCCUGGGAAGAGGCUGAGGGGGCCCCGCUUUGCCCACAGCGGGAGGAGUCGAGGCUACCAGGCUGCCUUCUGGGAACCCUCAGAUCUGUGAUGGAGAGCCUGGAGGAGUGUGGAGAGGGCACCGGGCUAGAGCCCUGCAAGACCCCCCAUGUCUCCGUGACAUUCAAGGAUGUGGCUGUGUACUUCACCUGGGAGGAGUGGAGGCUCCUGGACCCUCCCCAGAAGGAGCUGUUCUGGGAGGUGAUGCUGGAGAACUACAGGAACCUGGUCUGCCUGGGCCUUGCUGAUUCAAACAAGGAUGUGAGGAUCUCUGAGCUGGAGUCAGGGGAACCACAUUGGAUUCCAACUGGUGGUGUCCUAAGAAGCUGCUGGCCAGGUUGGGAAUCGAGGCCUCAGAACAAGGAGUCAGCUCCCAAGAUGAGUAUUUCUAUGAAAGUCUUAUCCCAGGAAAAGUUCUUGGAGGAUGAUCUAAGAAUCUGCAAGAUGGCGAAAACCUGGGAGUGUGAUGGCAGGUUGAAGAAAAAGGAGAGCAUGGAGGGGAAACCUUCUAGAGGAAUAAAAAUAAUUCAAGUAGAACCUCCCAAUGAGGCUGGAGUUUCUGAACAUGGUAAAUACAGUCAGACCUCUAGCCCAGAGCCAGGCCUUUUUCCACAACAGGGAACAUCUGUAGUUAUGCAGGGCCAGAAAGAAGAUAACCAGAGAGGGCGUUCCACCAUGUAUUUGAACCAAGGACAAAGAGAUCAAAUCCAUUCCAGGAAGAAAUGUCAUAAGGUUAACAAAUGUCAGAAAGUGCUGGGUCAUGAUUUGGGCUCCAUAAAAAAACGUGGAAUUCUUUCUGAAGAGAAAGUUCAUGAAACGGGGAAUUCAUUCCCUCGUAUUAAUGAAUGUGGUCCACACCAGACAACCGAUAGGAGAAAAAAGUGUAAUGAGUUAACUAAAUGGAGGAAGACAGGUCGUGCUGAACAUUAUUGUCAUCAUCAGAGUAGAGAGAGACGGUACAACUGCAGUGAAUGUGGAAAGGCCUUCCAGGAAAAGGGGCAUCUUAAAAGACAUUACAGAAUUCAUACUGGAGAGAAACCUUUUAAAUGCAGUGAAUGUGGAAAGGCCUUCCAGGAAAAGGAGCAUCUUAAAAGACAUAACAGAAUUCAUACUGGAGAGAAACCUUUUAAAUGCAGUGAAUGUGGAAAGGCCUUCCAGCAAAAGGGGCAUCUUAAAAUACAUUACAGUAUUCAUACUGGAGAGAAACCUUUUAAAUGCAGUGAAUGUGGAAAGGCCUUCCAACAUAAGGGGGCUCUUAAAAUACAUUACAGAAUUCAUACUGGAGAGGAACCUUUUAAAUGCAGUGAAUGUGGAAGGGCCUUCCACCAAAAGGAGCAUCUUAAAAGACAUUACAGAAUUCAUACUGGAGAGAAACCUUUUAAAUGCAGUGAAUGUGGAAAGGCCUUCCAGCAAAAGGGGCAUCUUAAAAUACAUUACAGAAUUCAUACUGGAGAGGAACCUUUUAAAUGCAGUGAAUGUGGAAAGGCCUUCCAACAUAAGGGGGCUCUUAAAAUACAUUACAGAAUUCAUACUGGAGAGGAACCUUUUAAAUGCAGUGAAUGUGGAAGGGCCUUCCACCAAAAGGGGCAUCUUAAAAGACAUUACAGAAUUCAUACUGGAGAGGAACCUUUUAAAUGCAGUGAAUGUGGAAAGGCCUUCCAGGAAAAGGGGGAUCUUAAAAUACAUUACAGAAUUCAUACCGGAGAGAAACCUUUUAAAUGUAGUGAAUGUGGAAAGGCCUUCCAGCAAAAGGGGGAUCUUAAAAUACAUUACAGAAUUCAUAAUGGAGAGAAACCUUUUGAAUGCAGUGAAUGUGGAAAGGCCUUCCAGCAAAAGGGGGAUCUUAAAAUACAUUACAGAGUUCAUACUGGAGAGAAACCUUUUAAAUGCAGUGAAUGUGGAAAGGCCUUCCAGGAAAAGGGGGAUCUUAAAAUACAUUACAGAAUUCAUACUGGAGAGAAAGCUUUUAAAUGCAGUGAAUGUGGGAAAGCCUUUUCCAGGGCUGGAACACUAAAACGACAUCAGAGUACUCAUACUGAAGAGAAACCCUUUGAUUGCAAUGAAUGUGGGAAGACAUUCCGAAGAAAUUCUCACCUUUUAAGUCAUCAGAGGAGAAUUCAUGGAGGAAUUAAUCUUCAUGAAUGAGAUGUAUGUGGGAAAGCAUUCUCUGGGAAGUAUGAUCUUACUACUCACACUAGAAUUCAUGCUGGAGAGAAACCCUAUGAAUGCAGUGAAUGUGGGAAGGCCUUUUCCAGUAAGUCAUAUUUUACCCACCAUAGCAGGAUUCAUGCUGGAGAGAAACCUUUUCAAUGUGAUAUUUGUGGAAAAGUACUUCUCUCUAAAUUUAACCUGAACCGUCAUCAGAAAACCCAUAUUGAAGAGAAACCUUUUUUGUGCAGUGUUUGUGGGAAAGGUUUUCCUGGAAAAAAAAGCUCUGACUGCAUAUCAAAGAGCUCAUGCUGGAAAGAGAACCUCUGAGUGCAGUGAAUGAGGAAAGAUCUUUCCUCGAAAGUCAUCUUACAUCUCACUCUACUAUUCAUAUUGGGGGAAAAAUCUUUUGAAUGAGGAGGCUUUGGGAAAGCCUUUCCCCAGAAAACAGCACUGACUCUCCCCAUCAGAAAACAUAUUCUUGGGGAGAAACAUUAUGAGUGCGAUGUAUGUGGAAAGGCUACACCCACAAUAAAAGUCUUUUCUUUCAUAAGAAAAUACAUUGGUGGCCCCCAGGCCGCAUGCGCCUGGCUGGCCAGGACCCCUGCCUGGAGCGGAGCUCGCUGCUCCGGGCCCAGGAUCUCCUUGCUCCCCGCCCCACCGGUUGUGCCACCGCCUCUUUGGACUCUUUUGUCGCGGCUGCGGCCGCCGCCACCAGCAAAGAAGAUGUUAAGUUUUUUCCGUCGAACACUUGGGCGCCGGUCAAUGCGAAAGCAUGCUGAGAAGGAACGUCUAAGAGAAGCCCAGCGAGCUGCUACACACAUUCCUGCAGCUGGAGAUGCCAAAUCCAUUAUUACAUGUAGGGUGUCGCUGCUAGAUGGAACUGAUGUUAGUGUGGAUCUGCCGA